GUCUUCUUCUUCCACUUCCUGGGAGGGGCCAUGGUCUUCUUUCUCUCCGUGAUGGCCUAUGAUCGCCUCGUGGCUAUCUCCCGGCCCCUGCACUAUGUCACCAUUAUGAACACCCAGCUCUGUAUGAGGCUGGUGGUGGCUGCCUGGGUAGGAGGCUUUGCCCAUUCCAUUGUCCAGCUGUCUCUGAUGCUCCCAUUGCCCUUCUGUGGCCCCAAUGUCCUGGAUAACUUUUACUGUGAUGUCCCCCAAGUGCUGAGACUUGCCUGCACAGACACCUCCCUCCUGGAGUUCCUCAUGAUCUCCAACAGUGGGAUGCUGGAUGUCAUCUGGUUCUUUCUCCUUCUCAUCUCCUACUUGGUCAUCCUGGUGAUGCUGAGGUCUCACUCAGGGGAGGCGAGAAGGAAGGUGGCUUCCACCUGCACCACCCACAUCAUUGUGGUGUCUAUGAUCUUCAUCCCAAGCAUUUACCUGUAUGCCCGGCCCUUCACCCCCUUCGCCAUGGACAAGGCUGUGUCCAUCAGCCACACAGUCAUGACCCCCAUGCUCAACCCCAUGAUCUACACGCUCAGGAACCAGGAGAUGCAAGCAGCCAUGAAGAGACUGACAAAGCGCUUAGCAAUUUGCAACAGGGAGUGA